GAGAACAUACCACCACAAGAUGCCGAAAUAAGUCAUCGAAAUCCCCUGAAACAAACUAACAAAACUAAACGGUCGUGCCCAUUUGGAAGAGUCCCAGUUAACCUGCUAAAUAGCCCAGAUUGUCAUGUGAAGACAGAUGGUUCUGCUGUGCCAACUUUUACAAAAAGGUUGGCAGCUGUGGUCAUCUUCGGAUCCCUUCUGCAGUUCCAUGUCAACUCUCGGACUAUCUUCGCUAGCCACGGCAACUUCUUCAACAUAAAGUUUGUGAAUUCCGCAUGGGGCUGGACCUGCACCUUCCUGGGGGGCUUUGUGUUGCUGGUGGUGUUCCUGGCUACACGGCGCGUGGCAGUGACCGCCAGACACCUGAGCCGACUGGUGGUGGGGGCAGUGUGGCGAGGGGCCGGCCAGGCCUUCUUCCUCAUUGAGGACCUGACUGGUUCUUGCUUUGAGCCUCUACCCCAGGGCCUGCUGCUCCAUGAGCUGCCUGACCGCCGCAGCUGUCUGGCUGCUGGCCACCAGUGGCGGGGCUACACAGUCUCCUCCCACACCUUCCUGCUCACCUUCUGCUGCCUGCUCAUGGCCGAAGAAGCAGCAGUGUUCGCCAAGUACCUGGCCCAUGGGCUGCCGGCUGGCACACCCCUGCGCCUUGUCUUCCUGCUCAAUGUGCUGCUGCUGGGCCUCUGGAACUUCUUGCUGCUCUGUACUGUCGUCUGUUUCCACCAGUACACUCACAAGGUGGUGGGUGCUGCAGUGGGCACCUUUGCUUGGUUCCUCACCUAUGGCAGCUGGUAUCAUCAGCCCUGGUCACCAGGGAGCCCAGGUCAUGGGCUCUUCCCCCACCCCCACUCCAGCCGCAAGCAUAACUGAAAGAAAUAAAGGCACAUCAGGCCUGGCUCUGGCUCCUGUCAUCAUUUAUUUGGGGCCUGGAAAGAGUGGGUAGGGUAAGAAUAAGGUCUAGUGCCGGGCCACAGUGGUUCACCUCUGUAAUCCUACCUACUCAGGAGGCAGAGACCAGGAGGACUGUGGUUUGAAGCCAGCCUAGGCAAAUAGUUCUCCAGACCUUAUUGAAAA